AUAAAUCUAUUUAUAUCAGUCCCUGGGAUAUCUAAGAUUUCGGGUCUCUGGGUCUGUAAAAGUUUAAAAAACCCUGGUUUAGAUGUUGUUCUGAUGAAGGAAAAAAAGGAAACUGGCAAAGUGCUAAAUGUAAAAAUCCAGCAUCUUGUGCUGGAUCCACAUGUCACGUAUUACGUAUCUGCAUUUUAUUUAGGACAAAAAAGGAGGGUUGACUAUGUUUCUCCUCCUCCCACAACACAUACGUGAUCAUCCCCCCCCAAAAAACACCCUUUAACCAAUAACGACGUGGCGCUCGGGACAAACGCGGAAUGGACACCUUUAAAAGCGUGUUCCUCCUCCGGUAUUGGCUGUUUCCUUGAGGGUGUCAUUUUCAGGUCGUGGAGAUCACUGCCUGUGUUUAUACUCCGUUACACAGGUUUAGUCCUCGCAGACCUGAGCUAGAACUUUACACAUCAGCAUCGGGUUUAGGUCAAAUGAUUAGGGGGUUAGUAUGGUUGUAGUUGUGCCUCUAGAAAGCCAGAUAAGUUUUCAAGCUAAUGAAUAGUUAUAUACCGAGUGCUCUUAUGUGCGGGGUGAGUAGUUGUACCUGUCCUUGGUGCUGAAACUGACCUGUGCACUUCACGGAUUCGCUUUUGAGGGACUGUAUGAGAAUAGUUUAAACAAAACUAAGCUGCAAUCAACAGCAGAAGAUCUCUUGUUAAUAGUGGACCUUUCUUUCUGGGACAGUAUCAAAAGGAGUUUGGAAGGAGUUUUUUUCUUCUUCAGAAUUAUGAUCUGAUUUUGCCGUUUUGAAUCUGCACAUUUCUCAGCUGUAUCACCAAAACCAGUGUCAGAAAGGACAAAUGCACAUUUGAUUUUAAUUUGAUUCACAAUGGAGGUAUCAAACGGGUCGAGCUUUGGGAUCGAGUCUAUACUUUCUCACAGACCUACCAGCCCGUGUAUGUCCAAGGGGGAAUGCAGGUCUCCAGCGGAGUUGAGCCCGCGGUCGGACAUGGACAGCGGCUGCUCGUCGCCUCCCUCCCCGAGACGGACCUCAGUGGAAGACGCAGUGCAAAGACACGCUCGCGCUCUCGGACUGGACUCUCCUUUACAAAUAUCCCAGCAGCCGAGAACAGUCACGUCCUCGUUCUUGAUCAGAGACAUACUAGCGGACUGCAAACCUCUGGCAGCCUGUGCUCCUUAUUCCAGCACUGGACAGUUAGCACAAGAUGCUGAAGACUGUAUGGACAAACUUCACAGCAAUUCGUCCUCGGACAGUGAAUACAGGGUGAAAGACGAGGCUGAUCGAGAAAUCUCCAGCAGUAGGGACAGGGACAGCCCCAGCUCCAGGCUGAAGAAGCCUCGUAAAGCCCGCACUGCGUUCACUGAUCACCAGCUGGCGCAGCUCGAGCGCAGCUUCGAGCGUCAGAAGUAUCUGAGCGUGCAGGACAGGAUGGAGCUGGCAGCAUCUCUCAACCUCACUGACACACAGGUCAAAACAUGGUACCAAAACCGCAGAACGAAGUGGAAACGGCAGACAGCCGUUGGGCUGGAGCUCCUCGCAGAAGCAGGGAAUUACUCAGCUCUACAGAGAAUGUUCCCAUCACCCUAUUUCUACCCUCAAAGUUUGGUCUCUAACCUCGACCCGGGGCCAGGGUUGUAUCUCUACAGAGGGCCGUCCGCGCCUCCACCACCAGUUCAGCGGCCUCUGGUCCCGAGGAUCCUCCUGCACGGACUUCAGGGCGGCGGAGAUCCAGCAUCUCUCUCUGGAGUGGUACCGCGACACACGCCGCGAUGAACUGAUCCAACCUGACAACAGCUCCAACCUCAGGAACGACAGGGUCGCGCUUGGACAAUACCCAUGAAACUGAAAACCUAAACGCGCAAUAAUAGACUUUCCAAAUGACUCUGACCAAAAGGUGAAUGCUAACUAUUUAUUUAACUUUAAAGUGCGAGAGAAGUUAUCAGAAAAUUAUUUGAUGAGGUUCAUCACCCCAUGAACCUCGUGACUGUGUUCUGAUAAGUUGCUUUUCCCCUAUAGGAAAUCGCGUGGUUUAUUUGCACAAAAUUAUGACGCAAACAAACCAAAAUAAACCUCAUAAAAAUAAUUUUUGUCAAUUUCAGUGGAACCAUAUGCAAUACUGAACAAUUGUGGAUUUUCUUUUAUUCUGCCUAAAGAUAAACAUGCAUUUUACGAAUAAACAUAAUAAAACUAAAAUUACUGAUUAACAAAUGACUGUAUAACUGAAAUGUAAUUUAUCACCGAUUAUUGUGAUGGUGGUUGUAUUGCUGUGCGGCUGUUUUACAAAAAAAAAAAAAAAAAUCCACAAUAUGAAAUACACAGAUCAACGAAAAAAAUAGCACUGCAACCUGUAUAAACAGUUUUUUGUAGAAAUAGUGUUGUGGUUAUGGGUACUUUACAACCCCAGUUCAACAGACGCCAAAAUACUUUUCUAAAUAAAAGACUGAAUUUGUCA